AUGGCUACGGAGACUGCUACGAGAUCGAGCUCAGCGGCCGAUUCGUACAUAGGGAGCUUGAUAAGUUUGACUUCGAAGAGUGAGAUCAGAUAUGAAGGCGUGCUUUACAACAUCAACACCGAAGAGUCCAGUAUUGGGCUCAGAAACGUACGAUCUUUUGGAACAGAAGGAAGGAAGAAGGAUGGACCACAAAUCCCUCCGGGUGACAAAGUUUAUGAGUAUAUACUAUUCCGCGGGAGUGACAUCAAGGAUUUACAGGUUAAGUCUUCUCCACCUGUUCAGCCUACACUACCACCUAUAAACAAUGAUCCAGCUAUUAUUCAAUCUCACUACUCCCGCCCCGCUCCUUCAACAUCGAGCUUACCUGCUCCUGCUAGUGGAUCUUUGACGGAUAUUAAUCCUCAUACUGCACAGUUGGGACUCCCUGGUCCAAAUUUCCAAGGUAGUUUGCCUUUAUAUCAACCUGGAGGCAAUUUAGCGUCAUGGGGGGCUACGCCUCCUCCUCCAAGUGCAAAUGGUGGUGGGCUUGCAAUGCCAAUGUACUGGCAAGGAUACUAUGGCCCUCCAAAUGGGCUUCCUCAUUUACACCAGCAAUCGUUGCUUCGACCACCACCUGGGCUAUCAAUGCCUUCUUCAAUGCAGCAGCCACUGCAGUACCCCAAUUUUAAUGCCUCCUUACCUACUGGAACUUCAAACUUGCCUGAAGUUCCAUCGCCUUUGCUUCCAGCUGCUAGUAUUAGUUCUACUUCUUUAUCUCAGUCAACAUUGCCAACAACUCUGCCUCCAGUGCCUUCUACAACACUAGCUUCUGAAACCUUGCCAAGCUCUAUGCCUAACAAGGCACCAAGUUCUGCCCCUUCUGUAGCCACCCUUAGUGCAAACUUGCCACCUAUUUCUUCUCUAACUACUUCAAGCCCAGAUAUAAGUACUGUUGUACCACCAAUCUCUAACAAGCCUCAUGCAAUUUCUGGCCCAACCUUGCCUUAUCAAAACAUAUCUCAAGCUACUUCCUCUGUUGUCGGGACAUCCAGUUCUUUGCGCACGGAAACACUACUGCCUUCUUUGGUAACCCCGGGUCAGCUGUUGCAAUCUGGAUCUGCUGCAGUCUCUUCAACUCAAUCUUUGCAAACCGCUCACAAGGAUGUUGAGGUGGUCCAAGUUUCAUCGUCAACCUCAUCAGAACCCACAGUGCCAGUCUCGGCCGAAUCUCAGCCCCCAAUAUUGCCAUUACCACCACCUGUACGGGCUGGUCAAAAGGUGUUGUUUUGUCAUACAUUCAUGCUCUUGGACUUGCUUGCUUUGUUUUCCCCUCCUCCUGGAUGUCUAUUUAUAUGUGGGUGGGUGCAGUAG